AACACACGCAGGCUGGUUUGCACGUUUUUCUUAGUACAGCUCAUUGAUUACCGAAGGACCGAACCCGGUUCUUGUCAACAUUGGAGUCACUGGCUGCGCUUGUAUAGGAAUAAGCAUCAAGACUGCACCUUCAUGAUAGCAUAAUAUGAACGUGGGCACUCUAAACGACACAUUGCCUCGCAGCAUCGCAGAUGGUUUCCUGCCUUCAACCAACCUGCCAGUUAUUGCGGAUAGUGGAUAAGUAGACAAGUCUCUCUGCACUCAUUAACAUAAACCUCGUAUUCACUUGCCUUUUUGUCCUUCGAAAUGUCCAAUACUACUCCGCCAAAGUCGCUUCGUUCACGGAUGGGGACGGCAAUGCGUAGGACAUCGUCUAUACUUACGCUAAGUCGUCCCAAUACACCUGGGGUCUCCUCUUCACCAAAACCAUCCCAGGGAACUACCGGUAGAGCGCGCUCCUCCUCAGUUGCUACCUCAGAUUCCGACAUAAGUUCUGCAAGUCGUCCCAGUGUCGACACUACGGCCCCCACGAUCCCUCCAAUUUCCCCUCCCUCAGCAAUUAUGAUGCCCAGUCCGAUCGCAGAGUCACCAGCCAGAGAGGCUGCUGCCACUGCGGACGAGAUCCGCGAGGAGCUCCGAGAGUCCAAAGUGGGUCCUACUCCUCUCACACAAGUUGUCACAACGUCCACCGACCCUGGAACUCCGGCGGAAACAGUAGAGUCUAGUAGGAGCGAAGCUGGAGGACCGACAAUCCUUGGGUCUGCGGAUGAACCCCAUAUCCUGACAGAGGAACCGGACGAAAUGUCUUUGCGAGCUCACACCGUAGAAUCAAUCAGAGAGUCCGAUCCAAACGAGACUCGGGAAGCGCCCGCGCCAGUAGGUUUUGCUCCUGCUCCUGAAUUAUCGCCUGCUCCCGUUCUCGAAACAGCUCCGUCAUACUUCGAGAUACCUGCUCAUCCUUCAUCGCAAAAUUUGUCAGAUUCAGCAUCCCUGCAUAGGGCUAUCAUCGAGAAUACGAUGGGCGUAAUCUCAACUGAGGAACCGACUCCGGAAGGAAUGCAGUCGGAUCAGACCACACCACGUCCUCAUGGACCUGCGGAUACCGAGAAUGCGAACGUGUUCUAUGCGUUCUCGGAAAUGCCCGUACAUAAUACAAGUCAAGUUAGUACGGAAGAAAAGCCAAAUUUCCCAAAUUCUGCUCCCGGUGAUAUUAUACCUGCUGACCUACAACGCGAAAACGAAAUUGUUCAAAUGCCAGUGCCAGAGAUUACGGGUGAUAUGCCGGCUCAACUCCCUCCCGUUACAAUGCCUGCGAGUAAUCCGAUACCUAUCCCACCGAAGCGACGCGAUGCGGAUAUCGAGCCAAUUCCAACCCCCGGAACUGCUACUGAAGCCUCAGUUCAUCACACUACAGAAUUCGUCUCGGAAAAACCUCAAACGAAGAGCUCAGGGAUUGCGAUCGUUCCUUACGACGCAGGGUCUGUCGAGGAAAUCUGGGCUAACCAAUCAGAUGCGCAGCAUAAUCAGGACGCUGUUGGCAGAAAACGUGCUGACAGUAGUGCACAAACCAUACAAGAUCCGUUCGCAGAUCCAGUACCGUCUAUACACCCUUCGACAAUUGGUACAACGGGACCUUCAGUAGUGUCUGAACCCGACAUUACUGCAACCCAAAAUCAAACCUCAGUCUUGACUACGCAAACCGUGCCAAACGUUGUGGUGUUCCCGAUAGUACAUCAUGAAGACAUUUUCACCAGGGAAGCAAACGACGAUUCUGUUUCUGGCGCGAAACACGACCUCUUCUCGGCCCACACACAGCACCUCAAACCUCCUACCUUCACGUCAACUCUCCUCAGCCUACGACUGCCCAUCUAAAUGUUUCCGAAAUGCCAAGCAGCACUUCAUCAUCAAUACCAUGGCCUUCAACCAAGCCGACGCCUUCACAUUCGUCUAUGCCCCGCUUACACCACCUUGGCUGGAUCGAAUAUGCUCUUCCUGACUCUACGAUAUAUUAUUCUCAUCCAACUCUUCGCGUUACGACUGACAUUGACCUUCGGAGUAUAACAAAGUUGGAUGCU